GUGACUGCAAGCCCUUAAAGCUCCUUCACAUCAUUUGAUUUAAAAAGUUCAGCUUAUUUACGGGUGAUGAGAUGACGAGUUUGGCUGCGAAGUAAAUAGCACAUUUGUCAUUUGAAUUAAAAUGAUAACUAAUUUAGUUUAUCCUAACGUCAGUUUGAAUGCACGAAUGCAACUAUUUGAAUGCGGCAACUACCCAUGAAGUCAAUUGGAUAUUGCCGUCUUGACCGUCAGAAUGAUUUAAAUAGUUAUUUUAAGCAUAACGAAUGAGUUUAUUUCAAAACCAAAGGAAACCAUUUCUCGGCUGUACUGAAGAAAACUGUCCUUUUAAAUUUGACAGUUGUUGAACUCUGGACUACAUCGAAACAUAGGCACAUAUGAGAGAGACCACAGUCAACGAUGUCAAAGACAAAGAAAUCACACUCCAGGUCUCGCUCGGCGUCCAGAUCCAGAUCCCAUUCUGAUUCUCGCUCCCGCUCCAGAUCAAAAAGCAGCUCCCGAUCUAGAUCCAGAAAGCGCAGAUAUGAGUCUAGGUCUCACUCUCGGUCCAGAUCCCAUUCCCCGUUCCACAACCGGAAGCGGAACCACAUACGGGAGUACCAGAACCAACACGAGUUUCGAGGCAACCACAGGGGCUUCCGGAGGCCAUAUUACUUCCGGGGCAGAGGUCAGGGCUUUUUCCGUGGCCGAUUUCAACGUGGAGGAAGGGGUGGAUAUAACAACUACCGACCCAAAAACUGGCAGAACUUCCGCCAGCACCCUCACCAGCAGCAACAUCAACAGCAGCAGCAGCAGUACCACCUUAAAAGCCCCAAGAGGGGGCGCUCUCGUUCACGCACUCCUAAGAAGCAAUCGAGCAGUCCUCAGUCUCGCAGUCAUUCCCGCCGCUCUGACAGAUCAUCCUCAGGGAGGUCACCGCUAUCACACCAUUCUUCCUCCUCCAACUCUGGGUCUGCCAAGCACAGUUGCAGAGAUGUAAGAGAGGAUGUUUCUGCCCCCAAAGAUACUCAUGAUCAAGGAGAGGGAGAUGGGGCUUUGGCAGCGCAGGUGGGAGGCUCUUCUUUGGCUGAGGAGAACGCUGAUGGAGGAAGGACUUUGGAGAACUGUCAGGUUUUAAAAAACCAUGACACCAGUCCUAAAAAGACAAGUCCACAGGUUUGCUCCUCUGUCAUUGUUGGUCAGGCUGACUCUGUGACCAAUGAGACCAGUCCUUCUCAUAAGAGCUCAAAUGCUCCUAAUAAUGGUGCCACCACCUGGCAGAAUGUUGCAACUGUACCUCCAACCAAGAGUCCCAUAAAGAAAAGCCCAGUCUUCAAUGGUUUGGGGCUGUUUUCAAAUGUUGACCAACAAACAGAUGAUACAGUUGCCAUCUCUGCAGCAUUUUUGAAAUUCCUGGAGGAGCAAAAGAGUAAAAAACAGGCCCCUGCAUGGGAGAAUAACACACAUAAAGAUAAAAGUAAUGGGGAAUUAGUGCGUGAUAAAGAGAGUAAUGGAGGAAUCUUUGAUAAUGGGUCUGGCAUUGGAUUGUCUCGCACUCCAGAUCAUGGAAACACAGGAGAGGAGAAGAAAUACAAAUUUGUGAAGAAAUGUGAGGGUAACAUGCCAUCCAUUAGUGGCACUCAAAGAGGUCCACAGAAUGGCCCACCAUUUCUGCAUGAAGAUGGUGAGGAGGAAGAUGAAGAAAUAGAGAUUUCUGAUAAGAUGAGAGACAUGGAAAACAAUCCUUCCAAAAGCAAAAGCAAAGUCACACUGUCAGCUCGUGAAAUGUUUGAGGAGCGAAUCAGGAGGCUGCAGGACAUGGCUUGGGAUGAUGAGCUGGAAGCUCUUCUACUCUGCCAUAAACAGGAAAAAGCAGCAAAUAUCUUAUCCGCUCUCUCUAAGAGAGAUCAGAUCAGUGUCAUGUUCAAGGACCCAUCCCUUGAAAAGCUCUCAAAGGUGAAGCGAAAGGAGAAGAGCACAAUGAAUUACUCCUCAAAACCUGCAAUGCUGUCCAACAAAAUCUCUGAGAACCAUGAGCAAGAGAUGUUUGUGGUUAUGAGCGAGGAAUCCCCACCAAGGGCUGCAGAGAAAAGAGGAACCGAAUUCAGUGUGAGAAUGGAUUCUCUCAGCGAUGACCUGGCAAGGUCAUCUGUUUUGACUAAUGAAAGAAGGAAUCUUCUGGACUUUGUGCACCUUAAUAAAAAGGAUUGGGAGUUUCACUCUGUCCUUCAGCACCUUCAGGCUCAGCAGUCAACCAGGAGCCCAUCUGAGCUGUUUGCCCAGCACAUAGUUUCAAUUGUCCAUCACAUUAAAGCUCAGUAUUUUCCUUCCUCUGGAAUGACCCUAAAUGACCGAUUUGCCGUGUACCAGAGAAGAGCUGCUGAAAAAGAAUUCAUGAAGCAGAGAAAGAGUCCAGAGAUACACAGGAGAAUUGAUGUUUCUCCCAGUGCUUUUAAGAGGCACUCUCUUCUGUUUGAUGAGAUGAAAAGCUCCUUGGAAAACAGCUUCAAGGUUGAUGGGAAAAAAUCAAAAGGUGACUCAAUGGACCUUCGCCUGGAUAUUGAGCGCAGAAAGAAAUACUUGAGUGGAGAGAGUGAUCACAAAGAGGAAGAGUAUAAAGAAAGAGUAUCGAGGGAAUCUCCAGAGUCAUGCAAGGAAAUAUCAACUGAGAAAGUCUCAAAGCACCACAAAAAAAUGAAGAAAAGCAAAAAGAAACGGGAGCGUUCUCAGUCAUCAUCCUCAUCUACAUCUUCAUCCUCCGUUUACCAUGAGGAAGAGGCUGUGAUCAAAGCAAAAGGCUCCAACAAGACCCGACUGGGGUUUAGAGAGUAUGGAGAGCCCAUGGAGAGAGGACAGAAACGGGGAGGCUUUCAGCUCAGAAUGCGUGGUAGAAGUUGGAAUAGAGUAAAUUUCCAUGGAAACAGUAAUGGCAAUGAUGCACAGAUGAACAUGUCAGCGAAAAAUGAAGACUGGGACACAGAAUACACUCCGCAGAGCAAUAAAUACUUUCUGCACAGUGAAAGAGAUGGUGACGGUGAGAGGAAGUUGGAGACCUGUGGGCGUGGUCGGGGUAACAUUCUUCGCGCAAAGGGUCGUUUUAUCCUCAGGAGGGCCACCAAUGCCAACAACACAAAUAAUACGAGCCCCAAAUGGACUCAUGAUAAGUUCCAGGCCACUGAUGAUGAGGGUGAACAGCAAGGAGAGGAUGCAGAACAGGACCACAAAAAGAGGGACAGUGCAGGGGUCUCAGCCAGAAUGGAGCAGUGAAGAUGUUCACCUCAAUUUUAAGAAUACUAACAGAACAAUGAGAUUCCUUUCGAAUCAGGCUUAAAAAAAAAUGGAUAGCCUUAACGCUGUCACCUAUUCACUUGGUGGAAUAGGUAUUGGAACAGAUAUGGAACCUGCAAUCAUAAUGCAUCCAAAACUAUUGGAUAGAAAACAAUCGAAAGCCUUUUUUUUUUGUAAAUGCUUUUUUCAUCGUGUUGCUUUUCACUCCUAUUUUCACAAGGAUGUUACUAUAUAUUUUGUCUGCUUGCAGUAAAAUUAGAAUGAGGUGGUGAUUUGUGCUGACAUUUAUUCUGACAAAACAGGUAGAUGUAGAUUUUCUAUCCUUGUUAUAUAUGUAAAUGCAAAUUUGCAUACCUACACAUAACCAGACGUUGAUACAUUGACGUUCUAAACGAAAGUUUGAGAAUUUCAUUCAAGUUUCACCUAAUCUUGCCAGUCAUUACUGAUGGCAUAAAUGGUUGUUUAUUUCAAACUUGCAACACAUUUUUCAGUAUCCCUCCACCACCCAAACUCCAAAUUUAUUCUCUAUAAUUAAUUUCUGGAGGAACUUGGACCUUGAGUCUUGUGCUUGAGACCCUUCAUUGCAGUCAGCAAGUCAAACAUACUUUACUUUUUCUCACAAGACUGUUAGAACAUGCAAACUUAUGAAUGUUAAGUUCUGCAUUUAUAUAUAGCUUACCUUUAGGUUUCGAUGGAUAGGUGACUUAGAGUUGUCAUAGUGCCUUAAGAGUAGAAUACCAGUGUACAGCCGUUAUGACUGGACAUUAUUGCUGUGUGAAUAAAAUACAACUGUUUUAAUAGAUGUAUAUAUUUAUGUUUUUUGGACUUAAUUGAAACUCGGAGAUCCUGUGACUCUUGCGUGUCUGUCAAAAAAUAAAUAAAAGAUGAAGCAUGA